AUGUGCAUGAUCAAAGUGCGCCCCGAAAUCGACGAACCCGCCGUCGUCCCCGCCCGCGUCGUCCGCCACAACAGCACCCGCCGCAACAGCAUCCACGGCUCCCACCGCUCCCGCCGCUCCCACACCUCCGUCCGCAACUCCCGCAACCGCUCGCGCUCGCGCUCCCGCGACCGCGAAACCACCACCGUCAUCGAAACCAUCAAAAUGCCCCCGCCCCCACCGGCCUCCCACAGCGUCGACCGCACAGAAACAACCCACACAAUGAUCAUCCAAGGCGGCGCCGCCGCCGCAGUGCCCCCGAGCGACUCGCACUGGGGCAGCAGCGGGUCGCCACGCGCCAGCGUCAUCAGCACGCGCAGCAACCGUGACGUCGACUACUACGUCGACUCGUCGGCCAGCCACGCCGGCGGCCGCUCGCCGCGCGCGAGCGGCAUCAGAUAUGUUGACGGCGGGCCGCGCGGGUCGAGCCAGCGCAUCACGGACGGCGCGGCGAGCAGUAGGGGUGAGCUGGGGUACUCUGGGAGCCAGCGCGGCGGAGGCGGGGAGAGGUAUGGGUAUAAUAAUUUCCAUGGGAGGCGGUCGGGCAGCGUGUCGUAUGUGAAUCCGCGCCAUUCGGCGGUGUCGCAGCGCUCGGCGAGGGAGACGAGGGAGAAGGUGGUGGUCGUGGAUCAGUAUGGGAAUGAGAGGUACUAUUAG